AACACAGCAAAACCACCAGUCCAAGUCCACACUUCAUCCUCUCUCCUUUACAAAUAUAUAUCCAUCUACCCUCUCUUCUGCCGUUUGUCAGACCUUCCAUCCCUUCUUUUUCUCUCUCUCAUCACAACCUCAACCUCCUACAAAGCUGGACUUCACAAAGAAACAAACUAUGCGAAAACCUUGCUGUGACAAAGAAAACAUCAAUAAAGGAGCAUGGUCUAAGCAAGAAGAUCAAAAGCUCAUUGAUUACAUCAGAGUUCACGGUGAAGGUUGUUGGCGUUCCAUUCCCAAAGCUGCUGGGUUGCAUCGUUGUGGCAAAAGCUGCAGGCUCAGAUGGUUAAACUAUUUGCGACCAGAUAUCAAACGUGGAAUCUUUGCUGAAGAUGAAGAAGACCUUAUCAUCAAACUCCAUGCCCUCCUUGGUAACAGGUGGUCACUCAUUGCUGGAAGAUUGCCUGGAAGAACAGACAAUGAAGUGAAGAACUAUUGGAAUUCUCACAUCCGAAGAAAACUGAUAAAGAUGGGAAUUGAUCCAAAUAACCAUAAGCCACACCAAAGCUUUUCUCGUCCUCAUGCUUCUUCUGCCGAGGCUGCAUCAACAUCCGAAUCCAUGAAUAAUAAAGUUCCUAUCUUCAAAUCUCCACUUGCUGCCACUCAUCAUAGGAUUUCCUUCACAGAACAAGAAUCAGCAAUAAUUUCGUCACCCUCUUUGAAUCUUGACCUAACAAUUGCUUUACCUUCUUCUAUGAUUGGUGCUUUGGAAGACAAGCCUGUACAAAAUUCCGAGUCCACCAAGACACUGGACAUGGAAAUAGAUCUCAACUGUUAGCACAUGUUGCCAAGUACUAUACCAGUAGUAGUAGUAGUGCAUGUUUGUUACAGAAUAUAAUUUUGAAAUAAUAAUAAUUUUUUAAAAGCA